AUGGCCGCCGACCUACUCGAAAACUUCCAAUAUGGUCUGUCGAGUAGCGGUCUUUCUGGGGCAGACAAGACCGUCCUCCUCCUUAAACUUACAGACCCAUCCCUGAAAUGCAUCGAACAGUACCAAAAACUUAAGAAGUAUUCAACUACCUGUAGUAAGAGACCCAGCAUUCAAUUCAAAGGCAACAGCGGUGUGAUUACAUUCCCCAGCAGAGAGGCCAAAGAUGGUGAGAGGGAAUUCAAAUUUACAGUUCAGCCGUUGCAGGCCCCUAAGACCAGCAGCUUUGAAAGCAUUCAGCACUAUCGCAACAGUCGAGGAGAGCACAAGCUUGACUCGCUUGGUAGUAUCCAGACCAAGGUGACGGUGAGUGGAACGGACGAUGUCUACCAAACCACUCAGAAGAAGAUGAAGCUCGCUGACGAGGAGAUGAAGAAAGUCAGCACAAAGGAAGUCAAACAGAACCAAUUCAAACCUGGUCACCGGGUCAAGCGGAAAUCCAUCUCGGCCCAUGCCAAGAAAAUCAUCUCCUCAUCCUCCAGUACCGGCAAUCCCUCAGUAUCUUCCAAUUCCACUACGUACUCUUCCACGUUAUCCACGAGUUUCAACGCUUCCCCGAUGUCGACGGCCACCAGCCAGUCGUCGUCAUCGUCUUCUCGGAACUCCAACUCGACUUCGACAUCCGCUUCAUCCAAAAGUGCAAUAUCCGCCAGUAGAAGCAGCGGUGCCAAAACCAGUGGUGCUAGUGUCAAGGGAAGCGGGGGCUCCUCAUCUACACAAAAAUCAGCAGUACAUAAUCGGUCCUAUAGGGAGCGAGUGAUCCAUUUAUUAGCCCUAAGAGCAUACAAGAAGCCCGAGCUGCUCUUGAGACUCCAAAAAGAUGGCAUUCCCUCAAAAGAAAAGAACCAACUAGCCACAGUCCUCCCACAGGUAAGCACAUCAAAGGCUACGUCCAAUCGUUACUUCUUGUCUCGCCUUCGUACCAGGAGCGUUUCAAGAAAGGACUUGUUAGACGUUUUAACUGACAAGUCCAAUUUUAUCUGACAGUUGCUACUCCGCCAAUCAAAAUCGAGUUAAGUUGUCAGAUCUGACAACUUGUUGGACAUAAAUGUUGAUGAAACGCUCCCCAGAGCAAGACUUGGUCACUGCCUCUCCAGCGGUGGCAGUGGCGGCGUCAACUUUGAAAUCUAACCAAGGUUAUGUUUUUUUUUAAUGUUAUAACUUGAAAAGGCUGAUCUAUUCAUGAAUUUCAUGAAAAGGGGCAUCCAGAAAAUUGCCCCUUAUGUGGCUUUGAACUAUUUAGUGGGAAAGAGAAAAUUGUGUAAUGCAGGUGGGACUGCCAUAGGCAUUCCCCAAGUUCCCCCGAGAAACAAGCUUUUCAAAGAUGUUUGGUUCCUCCAUGGUUUUGUUCAGGCAAUUUUUGUCUGUCUUAAAAAUUGAUGCUUUCAAAACACGAACCUGUAGUGUAAAGCAAUUUGUUUAGUUUAGAUUUGAAAGGCAUUGUGCAAUACCAAUGAUGUUUGAGUCAGUUUAACACAGCCGAAUUCAUGAUUCUAUGUACUGUGUACUAUUGGUCUUCUUCUGUUGGAAACACAUGUUGUGUGCAUUAAAGCAUUGACCUUUACUUCCUUGGUAAGACUCACUGAUCUGUGAUGUGUUGUGGGUGGUCUUGAAAAGUUGGGGAUACGCUGCAAUUUAUGGUAAUGUCCUGAAAUGAAUGUUGGUAUGUGUUUGUGUUGUGAUUUGUGCUUUUUUUUAUGUGUAAUUCUUAGCCUUGGAAAUUUGACUGAACAUACAGUGAUGACACAAAUCAGCUCUUUACAAUUAUCCUAGCUGGUACAUGUAGGCCUAUAUAUCCUUUGUGGUGUAGUCCAGAGUAAAAUAAAAGACCAAACCCAUCUCCCAGUUUUCAGUGAGACCUUUGAGUUGGAGAGCUUUCACAUUCUAACAUAAGGUCUAUGUUUACUUUUAGUAGCAUGCCAUGAUUUAUGGUUCAGAUAUGAUAUGAAAAUACACUAGGACUGAGACAUUAGUACACAUUACUGUUUUUCUAUGACCAAUGACUGCCCAAGGUUUUCAGCAAAGACUGUUGAGUUGCUAAAAUUAAGAACAACGUAAGAAAUUUGGUGUCGCCAAAGAUUUAGAACAUGAACUUUUUCAAGUCCCAUAUUUCCUUAUCUAGGUCUAUAUAUCAAAACUUUCACACGAUACUGUAUUUCAAAACCUUUUCAACCAAGUAGAGCUACAUGUAUGGAAAUAAUAGUACCGCACAGGAUUUCUCAAUUUCCUCGCUUGGAAGGUUUUAAGUGUUGUCCAAGCAAUGACCUGUGAUAGUCGUCUGCAAUUAUUAUUGCAAUGCUAAUCGCUGGAACAGGAAGGACUAAUGUAUAAAUGUAGUACUGCUACUUGUGACGUUUACCAAGGAGAGGAAAUCCUCGGGGAAUCACUGAUGAUUCAGACAAGGAUACCAAGAGACACAGAUACUGAGGAUUUCUCGCAGGAAACUUCUCCCUACAAACUUGAGAUCAUGAUUAUAAUCCCAAUGUUUGUGUAGAUGAUUCAGUUCAAUUAUCGUUUCCUUAUGAUUUUAUGAUUACAGAACUGGUUAAAAAUUACCAAAGACAAUCAUGUAAUAUGCAUACUUGGAGAAUGCCGCCUGUAAAUGCUUAAUAUCUAGCAGAACUGGGAUACAAUAGUUAAAUCAUUGCAUCAUGUAACAUAAUUUGUAUCAUUUGUGAAAAAGUGCAUUAGUCUCUAAGAAGGUACAUGUAGAGUUGGAGGUUGGUUUUUACUUGUAGGUUUCAUUUAGUUUCAGUAUGUCCCUUUGGAAAAAGAAAGUUUAUAAAAGGAAAUUGAAAAGGGCCAUUAGUAGCCUAUGAUCCUUACAGACAGGUGGUUGCCAUAGGAGGUGUGAUUGACAAACAAAAGUUGAAGAGAUUUUGGGUAAACAGAAAAUUAGGCAUUCGCAGAAAAACCCUACCAUCACAAGCCUUGUGUACAUGCAUAAGGAUAGGUAAUUAGGCACGGACCCUGGAUCAUUUGUUCCUAUCAGAUCCACCAAACCAUAAAAUAUACCCGGUAUUUGAACAGUUUGAAAGCAUGGUUCUUGUCAUAUCUUCCAUAGAACGAUGCACUCGCUGAUUGACUGCUACCUGAGAGGUAGCGGAUUCAAUCCGAGGACUGCACUUGGUUAAACCUAAGAAAUCCAAAUUAGGUUCCUAUAAAAGGCCCAGUGAAUGGCUCGUUCACCCGGGUUUGAGUGAUUAGCCUUUUGUUACUCGUCGUUCUGUUUUUAACAUACACCUCAUUUUAGACACGGGGCCUUGUCUUAUUAAAGGCUACAUGUAUGUGAGGCAGGAAGAACGUCCAUUCUUGGUAUUCCGGCAAGUGUAUUGUUGCUAGCUCAUAAGCACAAGAACUUAAUCUGCUUUUGCACAGGAGUGAAUGCAUGUUACACAAGACCCAUGACAUGUACAUUUGCCAGUGUUUGGAGACUUGGAAGCAUAUCAUGAAACAGAUAGUCAGCGAUUUUGACUGACAACUGUUAAAAGCUACUGUACUGGAAUCCUUGUAUCUUGAUUGGCUGGGAGCAAAGAAGUUGUCAUUGCAAAUCACUGAUAAAGCUCCUUGUGAAAUGCUCCCAUGAGUUAGUUCUAGUGAUUUCCUGUUUUGUUUUUUGUUAACAUUUUUAUCAGCCAGGUCUGAGAGAACUUUUAUAGGUAGUUUUUCUAUAAAGUCUUUCAUUUUAAUGGUGUUCAGACAGGUGUCUCACUGUUUGCUCAAAACCAGGAAAGCAUCAAUUACUUAUUGCAGUUAGAUGAUAGCACCUGGUAAUUUGAAGAGCGUAUGCUGUUGGUUGAAAGUUUAUGAAUGUUAAGCAGUGUUGUAGCUACACUGGUAGGCACUGAGUGGGCCAGCCCAGUGCUCUGAAUUUGAGCCUGGCACUCUUCGU